CGCGUGCGAGCGAGCGAGUGCGCGAGCGUCUCCCCCAUCCUCCCUCCCGCUCUACGGCGUAGACGCGACCUUUCCCCUCCGCCCCAACAAGAGGGAAUCAAUCAAUCAAUCCGCGGCCCCGACCCAUGCCCCCAUCCGUCGCCACCCACGCAUCCCUCCUCCUCAAAGCCGCCGCCGCAGCCGCGCCCGCGCACCUCCACCCCAAGCCCUUCUUCUCCCCACGCGCGGCGCGGAUCCCCUCCCCACCCGCGGGCAGCGGCCGCUACCUGCCGGCGACGGCGACGGCGACGACGGCGGGGGGCAGCGCCACCGCCGCGUGCCGCUGGUUCCGGUGGCCCCCGCCCGCGCCGGCGCCCGCGAGGGGGCUGUGCUCCUUGCCGCAUUCUGGCGUUGGGGGUGGUGGUGGUGGUGGUGGUGAGGGUAUGGGAUCUGAUGGGGUCGGGAGGAGGAGGCGGGUGGUGGCGCCAGCGGUGAACGGGGUGGCGAAGGACGGGGCGCCACAGCCGCCGCCGCCCAGGCUGCUCACGCUGCCCACCGUGCUCACCAUUGGCCGGGUCGCCGCCGUGCCUCUCCUGAUAAGCACUUUCUACAUGGAGGGGCCUUGGGCAGCAACUGCGACAACUGGCAUCUUCCUUGCUGCUGCAGUCACUGAUUGGCUAGAUGGUUAUAUUGCGAGAAAGAUGCAGUUAGGAACACCUUUUGGUGCAUUUCUUGAUCCUGUGGCUGACAAGCUUAUGGUAGCUGCAACAUUAGUGUUGCUGUGCACCAAACCUUUGGAAAUUUCACUGCUCAGAUAUGGUCCAUGGCUUCUAACGGUGCCUGCCAUUGCCAUUAUUGGGAGAGAGAUCACAAUGUCAGCUGUGAGGGAGUGGGCUGCGUCUCAGAAUACUAAAGUUCUUGAGGCUGUGGCAGUUAACAAGUUAGGAAAGUGGAAGACCGCAACACAGAUGACAGCAUUGACUCUCCUCCUUGCAAGCAGAGACCCAAGUCUUCCUGCACAAGAUGCUCUAGUUACUUCUGGCGUCGCAUUGCUUUAUGUUUCAGCUGGGCUUGCCAUAUGGUCCCUAGUGGUGUACAUGAGAAAGAUAUGGCGGAUACUUCUAAAAUAGCCGUAGCACAUAGUGUAAUAGAAGGAACAGGAGCAAGCCAGCAAGCUGAUAUUACAUCUCAAGAGCAUACAAUUUUUGAACUGCGGAGUUGAUUGAUGGACCUAGAAUUGGUUGAGAUCCUCAGCUACUUGAGCAUUAUUUCAGUUUGGUGGAUUAGCCGCUGAAUUGCUGUGCAUGCGAGGAUCUCGGUAGAAACAAAAUCAUAGCGAAUAGUAUGUUGCCGGGGCGAUUACUUCUUCGAAAGCUAUUUCGGACACUGGGUGUAAUGAUCUGCAAAACUGGAAGAUGCAGAAGAUUGUAACCGUAUACGAAUACAAAACCAUGAGGUUUAUGUGUGUGCGCCUGUGGACUGUGGAGCUCCUACAGUUGCUACCAUUGUAAUCUACCCAUAUGAUAUGUCAGGAGCAAAAAAAUAUUCUUUGGAUAAGUGUUCUAGUUG